AUGUUCGCGAACAUGUUGGUUAAGAGCGCGCUGCUUGCAAGCUUCGCUAUCAGUGCUACAAAUGCCAUUGCCACCAUCACUACCUUGGGCAACAAGUUCUUCGAUAGCGAUGGCAAUCAAUUCUUCAUGAAAGGUGUUGCGUACCAAUUGACCGAAAAGGACCCCUUAAUCAACGAGGAUCAAUGCAAACUCGAUGCCUCCCUCAUGAAAGAUCUAGGCGCGAAUACAAUCCGAGUUUACCACGUCGAUGCGUCUGGUGAUCACGAUGGGUGUAUGUCUGCAUUUUCUGACGCUGGUAUAUAUCUUUUGGUGGACUUGGAUACUUUCAACACUGCUAUCAAUCCCAUUGUUGCUUCCUGGAACCAAACACAAUUCGAACGCUACUCUGCCGUCAUGGACGCCUUCGCCAACUACGACAACACAAUGGGGUUUUUCGUUGGGAACGAAGUUGUAGCCCUCAACAACCAAUCCCUCGCCGCACCCUACGUUAAAGCUGCAGCGCGGGAUCUUAAAGCCUACAGAAACUCCAAAAACUACCGCGAAAUCCCCGUCGGCUACUCUGCAGCAGAUAUCGCUGAAUUGCGACCAAUGUUGCAAAACUACUUGGCUUGCGGCACAAACUCCUCAGAAAGCAUCGAUAUGUUUGGCUUGAAUGCAUACGAGUGGUGCGGCGACGUAAACCUCCAAACCUCCGGCUACGACACCCUCAACACCUACGCGAAAUCCCUCAACAUCCCCAUCUUCUUCUCUGAAACAGGCUGUAAUACCAAUCGACCCCGUACCUUUGACGACCAGUCUGCCAUCCUCGGCCCAGAUAUGAACGAUAAUUGGUCUGGUGCGAUUGUGUACGAGUGGAUUCAGGAAGCUAAUACGUAUGGUCUGAUCUCGUAUGGGUCGACGGUGGCUGCUACGGCUGUCGCGACUAACGUCCAAGGUGGCUUCUCAAUCGCUGGGACACCCACUCCGGUUAGUCCUGAUUUCUCGAAUUUGCAGGCACAGUGGAAGACUCUUACGCCAUCUGGUGUGCAAUCCUCGACGUUCACACCAAGCAUCACGGCACCUGCAUGCCCUGCUUCUACUUCCGGUGGCUGGCUGGUUGACGGAGAUGUGAAGCUGCCUAGUGUGGGCGAGACAGAGGUAACAGGCACUGCGACGGCGACGGCGACGGCGACUACCUCGGGGACUGUAAGCGCGACGGGAACUGCGGCGAGUGCGAGUGCUACCGGAAAGAAGGGCGGUGCGAAUACGAAUGGUGGGAAAGAGGUUGCGGGGAUGGCGGUUGGAUUGGCUGGUGUUAUGGUAGGGUUUAUUUACUGGCUAUAA